UCAUUGAAAAAAUCAUGAAUAUUAUUGAUGAAAUAAAAUUUCAUUACAAACAUUGUCUUCAACAACAUAAUCGAGGUGAAAAUUAUUUAGAUUCUAUAGAUUCAAGAAUUCGAUUCUUUCGAAAAUUAUUCAUAUUUCAUUUUCUUGAUGGCGACGAUAAUAAAAAUCGUACGGAAAUCGAUAAUGGUGGCGAUGAUGAUGAUCUUUUGUUUUUCAUUUAUAAAUUGAAUGAAUCGUUUAUGGAAAACAUUAAGAUUGAUGUAUUUCGAAAAUCAACAAAAAAUUUACCAUUAUCAAAUACCGAUAUUGAUUGGCCACGAACAACAUUUUUAAAUAUAAUAUUACAAAAAUUAAAUUAUCAACUUUAUUUUACAAUAUUAACAAGAACAAGUGCAAAUCAUUAUCAUGUAUUAUUCAAGCAGAAGAUACCAGUAUUUUCAAGUCCAAGUGAACAUUCAGUAUUAUUUAAAGAAAAAUUAGAACAAUAUACAUAUCCGAUGAUCAAUUUUCAUGUUGAUAAUUACGAUGAGUUCCUAUUUGAAAAUGUUCUCAAUUAUCUUGAAAUCAUCUAUAUUGAACUUUUGGUUUCAUCAAACAAUCAUUCAUCAUCAUCGACGACGACGGCCAAAGAAGAACCAACAGUAUUAUUAUCAUUUACACUAAAUUAUGAAUCAAUUGAUAAUGCUUAUUGUGAAAAAAAAUCAAUGAUUAAUGGGCAAUAUCUUUCCAUUGCUAAAGUUCGUGAUUCACAAACAAAUGGUUAUGGUGAAGUUGUUAUUCGAAAAAAAAUUCAACGUUCAAUUUCAGAUAAUUCUUCGAAUAAACUAAAUCUGGCCAGUUUUGAUUAUCCAGAUAAUUUAUUUCUUACAAAAAUUCGAUCAUUAAACAAUAGUCCGAAUCAUCAUUCAUCACCGUUAUUAUUACGUCCAUCAACAUGUCUAAUGUAUGAUGAUAAUUGUUUAAUAUUUGAUUCACAAGAUUUACUAUCAGAAUUAGAUAAUGAAAAUUCCAAUCAAUUAUGGCUACAAAAAGGUUUUAGUCAAUUAUAUUUUCGUUGGAAAAAUAAACAAAAAAAUUUUACAAAUUCAUAUCAUUGUUUUAUAACAAAAAUAUCAAUACCAUGUGAUAAAAUAAUUGAAAAAAUUUUAUCAUCAUCAUCAAAUGAUUGUAGAAAAUCUAUUUUGAUGUAA